GUAUAACUUAAACAAAAAAAGGAGUGGGCUUAUCAAAUAUCAUUUUGAGGGUAAAUCUGUAAAAGGCCAUUAUCUGUCGUCUGCCACCCUCCAUGCCUGCAACUGCAAACUGCUGUUCCUUUAGAGAGAGAGAGAGAGGUGACUUUAGUGAGAGAAAUACACACCUAGUGAGAGAAAGCUGAUGCAGAGGGAGAUUCGAGGCAAAGAAAGCUGCUUUAAGUUAUGCGGAGGAAGGCUUGAUAGAGAAAGAAAGAAAUUAAUUGUUAUAGAGAGAGAGGUCGAAGAGCCGUUUAAAGAUUGGAUCUUUGGAGAGACAAAAAUGGGCUCAGAAAGGUGCAUUUUAGUUAGAGAGUUAGUAGCUGCGUCUAGCUAGUAGCUGCAGAGCCCUGCAGGCUAGCUGUAUGGGCUUGCGAUGAAAGGCACUGCCCCAUCGAUGUGACAAUACGAGUAAACUUCUCCGUCGUCAUGGCUUCAUCAUCCAUCUCUCACUCUGCUUUCUCCAACAACGAGUGACCGUUUUCGGCUCCAGUGAUCUGAAGCUGAUACGCUUCCAAGCGUGGGAAUGGCGUUGUCGGUAAUGCAGGGCAGGAGGUCGUCGUUAUCUCUGGUUCUGCUUCUGUUUAUUGCUUGGGGUUUCUGCGUCGCCGGCGGUGACAAUGACGGUUUGACACUUUUAGAAAUCAAGAAGUCAUUUCACAAUGUUGGUGAUGUCCUCUAUGACUGGACUGAUGCUGCUUCCUCAGAUUAUUGUUUCUGGAGAGGGAUAACUUGUGACAACUUGACCUUCACAGUCAUCUCACUCAAUUUAUCGGGUUUACAUCUCGAUGGAGAGAUCUCUCCAGAGAUAGGAAAUCUCAGAAGUCUUGUCACACUUGACCUUAAAUCAAACCAACUUUCUGGACAAAUACCUGAUGAGAUUGGUGAUUGUUCCUUGCUAGAAAUACUAGAUUUAUCAUUUAACAAUAUCCAUGGGGAUAUACCAUAUUCAAUAUCAAAAUUGAAAAAGUUAGAAAACUUGGUGUUGAAAAGCAAUCAGUUCACCGGUCCCAUUCCAUCAACGCUCUCACAGAUUCCUAAUUUGAAAAUUUUGGACUUGGCUCAGAACAAGUUGAGUGGGGAGAUACCCAGGCUUCUUUACUGGAAUGAAGUAUUGCAAUACCUGGGGUUGAGAGGAAACAAUUUGGAGGGAAGCCUAUCUCCGGAUUUGUGUCAGUUAACCGGGCUUUGGUAUUUUGAUGUCAAAAACAAUAGUUUGAAGGGGACUAUACCUGAAAGCAUUGGAAACUGUACAAGUUUUCAAGUUUUGGAUCUGUCGUACAAUCAGUUCUCUGGAGAAAUUCCCUUCAAUAUAGGUUUUUUGCAAGUUGCUACACUAUCGUUGCAAAACAACAAGUUUACAGGGUCUAUUCCUCCUGUUAUUGGACUUAUGCAGGCUCUUGCUGUAUUAGACCUGAGUUGUAACCUUCUAAGUGGACCAAUCCCUCCAAUUUUGGGGAACUUAACCUAUACAGAAAAGCUGUAUUUGCAGGGCAAUAGAUUAACUGGACCUAUACCACCUGAGCUUGGUAACAUGACGAUGCUUCAUUACUUGGAAUUGAAUGACAAUCAGCUUUCAGGGAGUAUUCCACCUGAGCUUGGGAAGCUAACUGAUUUAUUUGACUUGAAUAUUGCGAACAAUUACCUUGAAGGGAUUAUUCCUGAUCAUUUGAGCUCAUGUGUGAAUCUUAACAGCCUUAAUGCCCACGGAAACAAGUUGAAUGGCACCAUUCCGCGUUCAUUUAAGAACCUUGAUAGUAUGACAUACUUGAAUCUAUCUGCGAACAAUUUGAAAGGUCCGAUUCCUGUCGAGCUUUCACGAAUAGGAAAUUUAGAUACACUUGAUAUAUCAUCUAACAUGAUCAGUGGUCCUAUUCAUUCCUCCAUUGGUGAUCUUGAACAUCUUCUUAAGCUGAAUUUGAGCAAUAAUCAUCUAUUUGGUUACCUUCCUCCUGAGUUUGGAAACUUGAGGAGUGUCAUGGAGAUUGAUUUAUCUAGAAAUCAUCUCUCAGGUUGGAUCCCCCAGGAAUUUGGAUUGCUUCAAAACCUCAUUCUGUUAAAAAUAGAAAACAACAAUUUAUCCGGCAGCAUAAUGUGCUUAACCAACUGCCCAAGUCUUUCUGUCCUCAAUGUUUCGUACAACAAAUUUGUUGGUGAUAUACCAAUCAUCAACAAUUUCUCGCGCUUCUCCCCUGAAUGCUUUAUAGGCAACCCUGGUCUGUGUGGUGGUUAUUGGCUUGGUUCUCAAUGUGAUUCAUCCAAUCCAUCUGGAAGAGCAAAACAAGCUACAAUGUCAAAAGCUGCCAUUUUUGGAAUUGCUUUGGGUGCUCUACUCAUUCUUCUGAUGAUACUAGUAGCAGCAUGCAGACCACACAAACCCCCAACUUUUCCGGAUUAUCCACAAAAGCCAAUUACGAACGUGUCGCCUAAGCUUGUGAUCUUACACAUGAACAUGGCGCUUCAUGUAUACGAUGACAUAAUGAGGAUGACGGAGAACUUGAGCGAGAAAUAUAUCAUUGGAUAUGGUGCUUCGAGUACUGUGUACAAGUGUGUGCUUAAGAACUGCAGGCCUGUUGCCAUUAAGAGGAUUUACUCGCACUAUCCUCAUUGCCUGAAGGAGUUUGACACAGAGUUGGAGACACUUGGAAGCAUUAAACACCGAAAUCUUGUCAGUUUACAGGGAUAUUCUCUCUCGCCAUUUGGAAAUCUUCUAUUUUAUGAUUUCAUGGAGAAUGGAAGCCUUUGGGAUCUUCUCCAUGGUCCUUUGAAAAAGAAAAAGCUCGAUUGGGAAACUCGACUAAAAAUUGCCCUGGGAGCAGCAGAAGGGCUGGCUUACUUACACCACGACUGCAGCCCGCGGAUCGUUCAUAGAGAUGUGAAGUCCUCUAACAUACUUUUGGACAAAGAUUUUGAGGCCCAUUUGACUGAUUUUGGUAUCGCAAAAUUCCUUUGCGUGAACAAAGCCCAUACAUCCACGUAUGUGAUGGGAACUAUCGGCUACAUUGACCCCGAAUAUGCUCGAACUUCUCGACUCAAUGAGAAGUCUGAUGUCUAUAGUUAUGGCAUUGUACUGCUGGAACUCCUCACCGGCAAGAAGGCGGUGGACGAUGAAUGUAACCUGCAUCAGCUGAUUCUCUCGAAGGCAGCAAACAAUGCAGUUAUGGAGAGCCUCGAACCCGAGAUUUCGGACACCUGCGGUGAUCUCGGCACAGUAAAGAAAAUGUUUCAGCUGGCUCUCCUCUGCACGAAGAAGCAGCCGUCGGAACGGCCGGCAAUGCACGAGGUGGUUCGUCUGCUUAACUUUCUGGCCAAGCCAUGCUUGCCUUCAUCAACAAAGCAUCUUCUCCAUUCUCCUCCACUUCUAUCAACAAUACCAAGCUACAUGAAUGGGUAUUCAGAACUCAAAAACACUGCUGCUCUUACCACUUCUCUUAGCACAUCUGAUGCCCAGCUCUUCCUCAAGUUUGGUGAGGUAAUUUCUCACAAGAAUGAGUGACUGAACAGAAGAAUUCAGCGUUCAGAUGUCAAAUUUCUGUUUUUCUGGGGGGGUUUCUGUGAAAUUGGGGGAGUUUUUCUGCAAAAAACAUGUUGGAGAGCUAGAACUCUUUCGUGGCGUUAGGAUUCCUUUUCCAUGCGUAAUGAGAGUGAAAUUCAGGAACUUUGCGAGCAAAUUAAGAAAUGAUGAGAGUGCAAUGUUUGUAUUGGGAAGUUGUAAAAAUUUCUGCUUUUUGGAGGGUUUUAUUGAAAUUUCGCUAUGAUGGUAGCUUAGUUAAAUGUCAACCAUUGUUGUCUGG